AUGGGCAAGGACCGACGUAUCCUUCCUCCCCCACAUGAACUUAUCCGCAACAUCUCUUUACCGACACCGUCACAACCUGUCGCUGGCCCGUCCUCAGAUUCUGUCAGAACGUUCGACUAUCCCCCUCAUGCCUCACCGGAGUCACAAGCGUCAACGAAGAUGUCUAUAUCUCAAUCCUCCACCAUACCAGCGCUUGAGAUUAUCGGCCUGCCUAAUAUGACGAGCCGCGACAAACGUCGAGAGCGCAACGGUCUGAGUAUCAUUCAUGAAGAUGCAAGCAUCGACGCCAUCGCCAUCGCAGCGAAAGACACAACGAAAGAGACAGACAGUGAAGCUACCAAGCACUCAUGGAGAGACCCAUCAAAGCAGAGGCUUGCUGACGAGCUGAGAUGGUCUAACUCAGCCGAGCCUGAGGAAUGGCAUCGAUAUGGUGCAGACAAGUCCCGCCUUCCCUCUGAUGCUCCGUCAAGACGUGCGUCCAUAUUUGGCCUACUCAGUCCCGAUCACGCCAAUCACCCGCUCCCUGUAUCUGUGCUUGUUUCACAACGCGCCCCACUUGUUCCUACAUUCCCUAACACUCCCGUCUCAGCGCCUGUCUCGUUGGUAGGGUCCAUGUAUGACAUAGGACAGCUGCCAACCGGUGCACCGCCUCCAGGGGGUCCUGUCAUUCCGUAUAUGAAUGAGAGAGAAGCACCCUCGCAACGUAGUUCACUUUACGCAGCCGCCCAGGCUGAAGGCAGGCGGUCACAGACCCCCCAAUCUUACGUGGCCUCCCCAGUCCCCACUGGUGUUUCCUACCCCGCACCGCCUAUUUCCAGCCAAACGGCUCCGUACAGGGUGGAGGCAGUUCCUCGACGCAUGAACGCCGGCCGAGUCUAA